AUGGCCGGCAUGGAUCACGCGCCGCCGGGCUUCCGCUUCACGCCGAUGCGGGAGGAGCUCAUCCGCUACUACCUCGACCCCUGGGUGGCCGACCCGGGAAAGACACCGGUUGGCGAGGGCCAGGGCAUCGUCUGCGUCGCCGACAUCUACGGCGAGGACCCGUCCGCCCUCACCUCGCGGCACCGGUGCUUCGGCCACGACGACCGCACCUGGUACUUCCUCUGCGUCGCGCGGUGGAAGGGCAACCGCCCGGGCGGCCGGGCCAGCCGCGCCGUCUGGGGUGGCGGCACGUGGCACGGGUACGGCAAGCGGAUCGCCGUCGCCGGGGCCGGGCACCGGGUGCACCAGACGGCAAGGACGGCGGCGGAUGGCAACAAGGAGGGGCAGGGAGAGUCCAGCAAGGCCGCUCGGUCUUCUAAGAGGCGGCGCCGCCGGGAGCAUGACAUCACCGCCGCCGAUGCAACGGAUGAGCUCAAGCCAUUGGAGAUGUUUACCAUGGACGAGCUGGAGAACGUCUUGGCCAAGGACGAACCAGAGUCAUGGGAGAUCGUUGCCAUGGAGGACGCGGCAGAGCCAUGGGAGAUGAUUACCAUGGAGGACGAACUAGAGCCAUGGGAGAUGAAAACAUAUUGUGGGAAGCCAUCUCCACUGCAGAUGCUUACCAACAACUUGACAUGUCCACAGGAGAUGCAAACCAACAACCUGCCAUGGCCACUGCAGAUGCUCAGCAAGAACUUCCCACUGCCACUAGAGAUGCUUACUAACAACUUGGUAUCGCCAUUGCAGACCCUUAACAAGAACUUGCCAGAGCCAGCGGAGACCGUUACCAAGAACGACUUGCCAUCUCCAUUGGAGAUCCUUACCAAGAACAUGCCAGAGUUGGACAUCCUUACCAAAGAGGAACCCACCACGACGACGACAGCCUUCCAUCAAGACUCUGGCGCGGCGAACAAGGAAGCCACCCCUAACGCGGAGAUGGAGAUGCCGGCCGAUGCAGAGUGGCACUCGCACUACCCGGAACUGUUCGAGCAGAAAGAGCAUCCGCCCAUGGAAGACGUCAUGAAGCCUCUGCCAGCGCUGACGGUCCAAGAAUUCGAGCAGGGAGCCCCUCCCGCGGCGGCUGUCGAAGAAUUCGGCAGGGUUACUUGGGGUUGGGGAGGCCAUGGCCGGCGCUGCUUAGUGAGGCCUAUAUCGUUAGCUUGGAUACUACCUGGUUUUUGA